CGAAUCAAAACACUGAACACCCUGUUGGCGUGUUGAUACUGUUAACAUAGUUGCUAGUAACUUGAAAUCGUUUUGUGCAGGAUUACUUAUGGUCAUUUGCGAUGCAAAUAUGAAAAAAAACGUUUAUCGGAUUUUGUGUGAGCAUCGUGUAAAUUAAACACAAAAUAGCCGACAAGAAACGUUUCUUUGAAGCGUUUACCUGGAUUUCUGUGGUCCAUGUGUCUGAAAUUUGGAACGCAAAUAGAUAUGCAUACGGUUCAAUGUUCUAUUUGAAUACAAAGAAAUAAUGCACACGUGUGCACGAUCAUUUCAUGUGCUGGUGAUAUUUAUGUGAAACAAGGAUGCUAAUCGUGAUAUAAGUUAAGAUAUUGUUCUAAAUUAUCUUUAAAUGACACUUUUUGAAGUGAUGUACUAAGAAAAUGGCUAAAAUAACUGGUACGAGAGUUGUUUCAAAUCUGGCUUUCAAGGAAAUAAAUACAACAAUGCAUUUGAAAUAUAACAGCAUUGCAAUAAUAUGUGGUGGGUUGACUGUUUUCAUAUCGUAAACAUUAAAGCAAACGCACAGCAAUUUUAAUUAAGGAAAUUAAAGCGCGGUUAAGAGCAUAUUAUAUAAGAAUAAAUACAAUUGUGUGUUAUCAUGAAUUGAUUGGUCAUUCGUGUUUAAAUAAUAAUAAUAAAUCUAUGGAACAAUUAGUGAUUUAUUAACUUGUGAAAUAUGCUGACGUGUUAAUCUGUGACUUCUGUGAAAUGAAUGUGCUGUACAUGUAUUUAAAAGCUGAAAUAAAUAUGAUGACAUGAAAUAUCGCAAAACUAGAGACAGUUGCCGACAAAAGGUGCCUUAUGAUUUUAGAUAAUUUUUCGGAUGUCCGAAUGUCGCGUUCGCCCAAUGUACAUAACGGAUAUAUCACUGAACGCUCCGGAUGCUGUUGAUUUAUCACAAAAGUACGGAAGGGAAAAGUUCAAUAGGAAAAAAGUAGACGAAACUAUGUACGUAUUUAAGCAUAUUUAACAAACAUACCAGAGUAAAUAAUGUGUAAAUACUUGUGAUAGAAGUACGGACAACGUCUCCAAUAUGACCGGGUUUUUGAAGUUAAAGUCUGCCGUCCUGCGACCGAAAAGGAAAGCGACGUUCACGGGAUUUCUACUGGCUUUUAUUAUUGGAGUUUUAGAGGCCAAUUUUAUAAGCAACCCGCCAAGCACGUGGUAUGACGGGUACAUGACAUGUCGACAAAGCAAGCAGACCAUGUUGAGCUGGGGAAUGUGGAAUAACAAAACGACGGACCUAAAGAUACAAUAUCCCGUUUGGCUCUACGGCCUCGAAGUGCGAAUUCACAACAAGAUUAUACAAAACAGAUUCUUCAUAUUCGACCAAUUACAAAGCAACAUGACCGCCUCUAUUCGUUGUGUUAGAGGCCCAAUAUUAGAUGAGAACUAUAACAAGUUUAUAUUUGAGCAAGCAUACGCAAUUUGUCAGAAUCAUACGAGUGGAUCACAUAUGCUGUCAGUGACGGACACUAACUUGGACAAGUUUAGAAUAAGCUCGGAUAUCAUUAAUAUGUCUUUUUGGAUCAAAGGUGUUGAAGUCGGAACAUUUCUAAACUCGGAAGACCUCAUAGUGCAUUGUUUUGUGCUCAACCAACAUGGCGAGUUACGAAAAGACAACUGUACCAAAAAGUAUUCGUCCGUCUGCGUAAACGCAACUGUUCACGACACUAUACAGUACAGCGGGCUAGAUUCGAAGGUGCCAAAAUAUGAUCCGACGUCACCGACCACACCCGUGUCUUCAUCAGCGGGUACCUCAGAGUUUGUGACGUCACUAGUUACGUCGGAAACUAACGGUGGCGUAGAUUUAACCACUAGCGCAGCAAACAAAUCGUCCGAUUUGAACAAUUUCACCAGCGACCAUAAAAGUCGUACCCAGGAUAAACCAGUGAUGGACGAGAAAAUCCUCAUAGCACUUAUCUGCGUGGGAGUUGCCGUGGUAACGGCGUUAGUGGUCGCCGUCAUUUGCUGCUGCAUAAUCAAACGGAAACCGAACAAAGACCGCAGGCCAACCCUCUCCGACGGUUAUUCCGAAACGGCGGACUCCGUAAAUUUUAAAGAAGCGCAACACUACGAAGUUAGUGACAUCAGCGAAUAUGCUACACCCUCAGACGCAGUAACGGGCGGUCCUAGAACGGCACGGCCUCGUUCAUCCAUUAUAGAAGGCGAAUACGACGUGAUUUCCAAUUCCAAAGCGACGGAUAAAUCCAAACGCCAGGUGGCGGUGGUGAAGGCCUACAGUCACGUGGCAAUAGUCCCAGCCAAUCAGAGACGCGAGAGCGAUUCAUAUAUGGAAAACGCAUACGACGUGUCCACGUUGAAUAAGCAAACGACCGUGACAAUAUCACAACAGGACGGCACUGGAAAUGUUUACGGCUAUUUGGGGGUCACAUAACUGUAAAUAGGGAACACAUUUUAUAUGUUUCAUAAUGUUUUUUCAUCGUUCCAUACACUUAGAAGGAAUGCUAUCGAAUCGAUAUAAAUGAAUGAAACCUUUACAAUACUUAUUAUAAAACUCAAACGCAAACAUACGCGCUUAUGUAUUGUAUUUAUUGUAUUUCGAUUGAACAUUUAGUGUAUGUUUCCAUGGAAGUACUUCUCAUAUUUUCUUGAACUUGAAUUGUGAUACUUUUUGUUAUACGUAUGAUCCCACAUUCAAUGGGAUAUUUGUGGCACGAUAUGAAAUUUUGUAUUAAGGAUGUUUGUUUAAGAUCCUUUUAGCGUGUACCGACGCGUUUACAAUACGGCCUUGGUAUUUGCAGUAUAUUUUGUUUAGUAUAUGUUGCUAUUAAAAUGUUGUCCAAGUCCUUUGCAGUGUAUAAUUUGCAUUUACAUAUUGGAAUAUGAUCGUUUUGAGUUAAUAGCAUUUGUCAUAAUGGACGCCAAGUAUCGUCAGUGUAUUUUGAAACUUUGUAUGAUGGAGUUUAUGAAAAUCACAUUGAACAUGUUAAAAAUAGAUGAGUCCUAUAAUUUAUAUAUGUGUUUGUUACAUAAGUAAACACGUUCGAUUGAAGAUGAGUUGCCCACAUUUUGAUUCAAGCGCUCAUAAAGUAAUUUGUUUAUAUAUUAAAUACUAUGUUGACAUUUAA